AUGAAGGAGGCGGUACAAAUUGCGCAACAAGUGAAGGAAAUCCACUCAAAAGCUGGCUUCCAUAUCCGUAACUGGCUCUCGAACUCCAGCGACCUUCUAACACGGGUCGGGGAAAGGAACGUGGAAACGUCGAAGUACUUCGCAGCGACCAAGUCAACUACUAGGUUGUUUCGCGAAGAAAUGUUACCGCUGAUCCAGGGUAAUUACAUUCCAACCAAGAGACAGACCCUUCGGAUCGUGAUGAGCAUAUUUGAUCUCUUAGGAUUGGUAGCUGUUUUUGUGGUCCACGGAAAAAUGCUCACUCAGAACAUCUGGCGUUCGAAAAUCGGAUGGGACGAGCGUAUACCCGAUGAGCUAGUAGAUGAGUGGCGAUGGAUCCCUUCUCGUUGGAACGUAGCGGACGAAGUAACGAAAAGGGGCAAGGGACCUUCUAUCAACAACAGUAGUCGCUGGUUCCAAGCACCAGCUUUUCUCUAUCAGCAUCCUGAUCUAUGGCCUCAUCAAGAUCUACGUGUUACAGAGACACCAGAAGAGCUUCGUCCCAUCCACAUUCACCAUCAAAUUGCAAUAGUUGAGCAGCUGAUCGUGUUCGGAAGGUUCUCAAAAUGGGAACGCUUGGUGCGAGCUGUAGCGUAUGUUCUCAGAUAUCUUUGGAAGCUGCGCCGCAGAGUCAAAAAGCAAACUGCAGGAACGACGAAUUGGUUGAAUCAGGACGAGUUACGAAAGGCAGAGUCAGAGAUUUUUAAGCAAAUCCAGCAAGAGACUUACGGAGAUGAAAUCAUCACACUAAUUAGAAAUAAAAAGCUACCGAUGGAACAGCAACUAGGUUUGGAGAAAACGAGCAAGCUUCGCAAGUUAUCACCUUUCCUGGAUAAGCACAGUGUCAUUCGUAUGGACAGUAGAGCUUCGAUUUCCGAGUACUUGUCAACAGACUUCAAGUUUCCUGUAAUCCUUCCGAAAGGCCACUAUGGAACUCAGUUGCUGAUAAAUUGGUACCAUCGUCAACUCAAACAUCGGAACGCAGAGACAGCAGUGAACGAGAUGCGUCAGAGAUUCCACGUAUCAGAAAUGAGAGCGGCGUUUCGACAGGUCAGAAAACUUUGCCAAUGGUGUAAGAUCUACAAAGCGGUCCCUGCAGUACCUAGGAUGGCUCCCUUGCCUCCAGAGAGGACCACAUCCUACAUUCGUCCAUUUUCUUUCGUUGGCGUGGACUACUUUGGACCAAUGUUAAUCAGACAAGGACGCAGUGAUGUGAAGCGGUGGGUGGCGAUAUUUCCUUGCCUCACUAUACGUGCUGUGCAUUUAGAGGUGUCGCACAGCUUGUCCACGGAGUCCUUUAAACUGGCAAUUCGGAGAUUCAUCGACAGGAGGGGGGCUCCUGCCGAAAUAUUUAGCGAUCAGGGAACCAACUUUGUUGGUGCAAACAACGAGUUGAAGAAAGAGUUGCAGCAAAUGUACACAAGUCUGGCUUCAACGUUCACCAAUACAGCAACGCAGUGGCGUUCCAACCCUCCGCUUUCACCGCAUAUGGGGGGGUGUUGGGAACGCCUGGUCCGGUCAAUCAAGAGUGCUUUGGCUUCGUUGUCUACAAUUCAAUCAGAGGCGCACGAAGCACUGACACUGAACUGCUUCUUGAUGCUGAGUACGAGUGGAGUAAAUCAACCAACGAGGCACUUCAUCGACGACGAGAAGUUGGGAGCAUACUCAACCUGGAACACGUGCCAACAACUUUUAGACCAGUUCUGGAGUCGUUGGGUGAAGGAGUACCUCCCAACAAUUACCAAGCGGACGAAGUGGUUCAACGACUGCCGACCAAUUCAGGUGGGGGAUCUCGUAGUCCUAGUUGAAGAACAUCUGCGUAACGGGUGGCUGCGAGGACGUGUACUACGAGUAUUCCCAGGUCGAGAUGGUCGAGUACGCAGUGCGGUAGUGAAGACAACUUCGGGAGUCAUGCAUCGCCCAGUGGUCAAAAUAGCAGUUCUGGAAUUAGCAGGUACAACUGGAGUGAACUCGCAGCAAUACGGGUCGGGGGAUGUUUCGAACAGCACCGAGCACAAGUUACCAGUGGGUUAUCCAGCGUUACUGGAACCCGUGACUGAAGAUAUUGCAGACGAAAAAACAAUAGAUUGA